UUUAUCCCAAGAGAAUACUUUCCUGAUUAUAAUUUUAAUCUAGCAGAUUUCAAAGGCUUUCAUUUAAAAGCAAUGAAAAAAAUGGCAGCAUUAAGUCCCCAGAUUGAUUUAAUAUUGGAGACCAGAGAUGCGAGAGCACCUAUAAGUUCUAGAAACCUCUUAUUUGAAAAAGCGUUAGUUAAUAAAGAAAAAAUUAUUCUAUACUCAAAAAGUGACUUGAGUAGUUUGAAGAAAGAAACAUUAGAUAGAUGGCAUAAAAAUGAACAGUAUAUGAUACUAGAUUUCAAAAAACGAAAUGAAAUAGAAUAUUUGGUUGAAUUUUUGAAAAACAAAUUUAAAGAUAUUUAUCCACCACAACCACUAGGUUAUAGAAUAAUGAUAGUUGGUAUGCCCAAUGUUGGGAAAAGUACACUUCUUAAUGGUUUACGAUCUAUUGGGUUGAAUACAAGAAAAAAGGUGGCUAAAACUGGAGGUCAGCCUGGUGUAACCAAAAAUACUAGUGAAAUCACCAGAAUAACGAAAAAUCCUGAUAUACUUUUGUAUGAUACUCCAGGUGUAUCAUUGCCUAGAGUUAAGGACUCCAAUACAAUGAUAUCAUUGGCGCUAAUUGGGUGUGUUGGGAUUAAUCAAAUAUCGCCUGUUAUUCAAGCCGAUUAUUUAUUAUAUCUUUUGAACAAACAAGAUCCUACGGGUUCAUUAUAUGCUGAGUUUUAUCCUGAACCAACAAAUAAGAUAAUGACUUUACUAUAUGCAAUUGCCAAAAGGAUAAAUAAAGUCAAUAACAAAAUGAGCAAAAAAGCUAAAUUGAAGGGAAUAAUUCAACAUUUUGAUGAGAAUGCGUGUGCUAUUUAUUGGAUUGAUAAAUGGAAGCAAGGUAGGCAAGGCAGAUGCAUGUUUGAAGAGAAUGAAAGAAUCGAUAAUAAGAGCAGUUUUAAAGAGUCUACUGAAAAUGAAAGAAAAAGACUUGAUUCAUUA